GGCAUGUCGAAGAGCUGGAGCCGCUUUUAGCUUAUUCUUCUUCACUUCCUCGGAGCCCCUCCCGCGGUUGCGAGCUUCCCGAUCCUCGGAAACUUCCUCGAUGGCGACGGGAAUGACCGCGACCUCGGGCGCCGCCGCCGCCGGCGCGCCGGCGAAGCAGCUGUCGCAGAAGGAGGCCGACAUCCAGAUGAUGCUCGCCGCGCAGGUCCACCUCGGCACCAAGAACUGCGACUUCCAGAUGGAGCGCUACGUCUUCAAGCGCCGCAACGACGGUAUAUACAUUAUCAAUCUUGGUAAAACUUGGGAGAAACUUCAGCUGGCAGCUAGAGUUAUUGUGGCGAUUGAGAAUCCACAAGAUAUCAUUGUUCAGUCUGCUCGACCAUAUGGUCAAAGGGCCAUUUUGAAGUUUGCCCAAUACACGGGCGCUCAAGCAAUUGCUGGAAGGCACACUCCAGGAACAUUCACUAAUCAGAUGCAGACCUCAUUUUGUGAGCCUCGUCUGCUCAUUCUCACUGAUCCGAGAACCGAUCACCAACCAAUCAAGGAAUCAGCUCUUGGAAACAUUCCAACCAUUGCUUUCUGUGAUACUGAUUCACCAAUGCGAUAUGUCGAUAUCGGCAUCCCUGCUAACAACAAGGGAAAAGACAGCAUCGGAUGUCUCUUUUGGCUGUUGGCAAGGAUGGUCUUACAGAUGCGCGGUACCAUUCCCAUGGGUCAUAAGUGGGACGUGAUGGUGGACUUAUUUUUCUAUAGAGAGCCAGAGGAGACUAAGCAACAGGAAGAGGAGGACGCUAUCGCCCCAGCUGAAUAUGGAUUACCAGAUUACUCUGGUGCUGACCAAUGGACUUCCCAAAUCCCCGAUGCUUCAUGGGCUGGUGAAACUGCUGCCCCAGCUGCGGUGGCCGCCGUGCCAGCUGCAACCUGGGCACCAGAGCAAGGAGCAGCACCAGUGGCAGUUGAUGGAUGGGAUGCCGUGGCCGCACCAGUAGGUGCAACGCCUGUUGUUGCAACGCCUGUUGUACCAGCAAAUGACGCCGGCUGGGAAUGACGUGUGAUCUGUCUUUCCUAAUUUUUGUAGACGUCACCCAUUUGAGAUUUUUUUUUUUUUUUUUUUUUUUUAAUGGAGGGCACCAUUCAACUAUACCGGUACUCUUGGAGAUUUAUCCAUGGUUGUUUUCGAGUCUGAAUUUGUUUCUGUUCUUUAACGAAGUCAGACAAUGUAGUGUUAAGGAUGUUUGAACGCACAGAUGUUCUUAAUGGGACGAUAAUUUGUGGAAUGACACGAUUUGGCA